AGGAGACAGGUCAAAUUUCCAUAGGGUGAAGCCUUUCAUGCUUUCCUUACCUGAACUGACGUCAGUGAUGUCAUCAAUCUUGUUGUUGUAAGAGUGCGUGCCUGUGGUUGUUGACUGCUGUCAUAAACACAGUAUUUUAUCUACGUGGAAUUUCAUUCUCUGAAUUUCUCUCUCUAUGACAGCAUUCCGGAGGUAAUCUGGAAGUUAUAAAUUCAUUUUUGUGAUCACCAACGUAGAUCCUGCUUCGUUUAGGUUCCAGGUUGGAGGUCACUAGCACUUGAUGCACUCCAGUUCACGUGGAUAAACUCAAGAGGCAUAGAGUAUUGGCUGAUUCGAUCUCAUGCGCCAAGUCAAAUCAAAGGCAAGAAGAGGUCGCUCAAGUAUUUCUGUAGCUCUUCAAAUAACAAAAAGGUAAAACCAGAUGACGAAUCUGAGCUGACAUAUACAUGUGGUCCACGACUUCCUCUUAUGCUGUUGGAUGGAAAUAGUGUACUGGAACAGACACAUGAAGAUAAAAUUAAAUGCAUUUUGUCAAAACCAUUCAAAGUUCCAAUUUCCAACUAUAAAGGAUCAUUGUUUAGUCGACGAGGGCUUGGAAUGAGGAAGACUACUGGGAUAAAAGCUUCACUGCAUGAUCCAUUUGAAGAGGAUGCUCUUGUACUCUAUAGCCCUCCAGAACUGACAGCUCAUGAGAAACUCAAUUUUGAUUUGAACAAGCAAAAAGUUUAUGUUGUGGUUGAUCCUCAUCUUUCAAAAGUUCUUCGUCCUCAUCAGCGGGAGGGUGUGAAGUUUUUAUAUGACUGUGUGACUGGAUCUAGAAUUGAAGGAAGUUAUGGAUGCAUAAUGGCUGAUGAAAUGGGUCUUGGGAAAACAUUGCAAUGCAUCACUCUUCUGUGGACUCUCUUGACCCAAGGUUCAAACGGCUGUCAGACUAUUCGUAAAGCAAUUAUUGUAUGUCCAUCAAGCCUUGUCAAGAAUUGGCACAAGGAGAUUGGCAAAUGGUUGGGAAGCAGAUUGUCAGCCAUUGCUAUUGAAUCAGGAAUGAAAGAUGAAAUUGACAAGCAGCUAGAGAGAUUUGUGCUGCAUGAGGGGAGACGUUUGUCUUGUCCUGUUUUGAUUUUGUCAUACGAAACGUUUCGUUUACAUGCUGCUGUUCUGCACAAGGGAUCUGCUGACUUGAUAAUUUGUGAUGAAGGUCAUCGUUUGAAGAACUCUGAUAACCAGACGUAUCAAGCUCUUACUCUGUUAAAUGUGACAAGAAGAAUUAUUCUCAGUGGUACUCCCAUUCAAAACGACUUACUGGAGUACUUUAGUCUUGUGCAUUUUGUCAAUGCUGGAAUUCUUGGUACAAGUCUUGAGUUCAAGAGAAACUUUGAGAGGCCAAUAUUACGUGGUCGGGAUGCUGAUGCUAGUGAACAUGAUCAGAAACGAGGAAUUGAGAAAGUGGCAGAGUUAGAAUGUAUCGUCAGUCGUUGCAUUAUCAGAAGAACCGCUGCUAUUCUGUCCAAGUACCUUCCGGUUAAAGUUGAGCAAAUUGUGUGCUGUCAUCUGACAGCUAUACAGACAGCUCUGUAUAAAUGCUUUCUUGAUUCGAAACUGACAUGCAAUUUACUACGCUCAAGCUCAGGAGCUAAGAGUCAAGUAACAGCUUCCAGUUUGUCAGCAAUUCUUCAGCUGAAGAAGCUAUGCAAUCAUCCAGCUCUUAUAUUUGAGAAGGCUCAGAGUGGUGAAAAUGGAUUUGAGGGAGCACUGGAGUUGUUUCCAAAAUCGUUUGAUAGUCGAAAAUGUCAGCCAGAGAUGUCUGGCAAGAUGCAAGUACUCGACUAUAUUUUGGCUUAUAGCAGAAGCACAUCAAAUGACAAAGUUGUCUUGGUUUCUAAUUACACUCAGACGUUAGACUUGUUUGAGAAGCUGUGUCGCUCUCGAAGUUAUCCAUUUGUGAGACUCGACGGCACCAUGUCAAUUAGAAAGAGACAAAAGAUAGUGGACAGAUUUAAUGAUCCUACGUCACCAGAGUUCAUUUUUAUGUUGAGCAGCAAGGCUGGAGGGUGUGGACUUAAUUUAAUUGGUGCAAAUCGGUUGGUCAUGUUUGACCCAGACUGGAACCCGGCAAACGAUGAACAAGCAAUGGCACGAAUAUGGAGGGAUGGACAGAAAAAACAGUGUUACAUCUAUCGCUUGCUGUCGACUGGAACAAUUGAGGAGAAGAUAUUUCAACGCCAAACUCACAAAAAAGCUUUAAGUAGUUGUGUGGUCGAUCAAGAAGAGGAUGUUGAAAGACAUUUCUCAUUGGGUGAUCUUCAAAAUCUUUUUCAACUGAACGGAGAAAGCAAGAGUGAUACUCAUGACAAGUUGAAAUGCCGUCGAUGUGUGAACAACAUUCAAGUCCGGCCACCUCCUACAGACACAGAUUGUAACAGUGACGUGAUACAUUGGAAUCAUUGUGCUGAUCGAAAGGGAAUUGUAGAUCCAGCCCUAAAAAGUACCUUUGACGGCCACAGCGCAAUAUCUUUUGUUUUCCAUCAUCACUCACAUGAAAAGCAGAUGGGAAUUUAACCUCAAGUUCAAAAGCAUUGCGUUUUUGUUUAUCAACAGUGAUUUUAUUAUUGUGUAAAGAAAAACAACACAAACUAACUUCAAAUACUCAACCAGAACGUCUUACUAAAAAGCAUUAAUUCUGCAUUUGAGUUUAGCGAUAAUAUAUUUUAGAGAUCCCAAAAAUAAAAUCUUACAAACUGUUGCUAAUUUGUU